AUGUAUGCACUGCAAAUAUCAAGCCGACAACAAGUGCUUCUCCUUCUUACCGAGUCAUUGCUGGAACAUGUGAUAUCUGUACCAUUCAUUCCGCGCAGUGAGAUGCGGCUCAGCACGUGGCACGCGAGUGUCGCCCCCGUGCUCCCACUACUCAUCCUCACACAGGUGUCGCUCGCUGCCUUCGUCCCUUCAUCCGUACUCAAGCUAGUGGAAGGCGAUGAACGCCAUGUCAUCUAUUCUACCAACUCCAGCGACAUUUGCUUUUUAUCGCCUUCAAACGUCAUAUCGGCGUACGUGUCAGAUCCUGCGGUUGCCACCGUGAUAACAGCGACACCUAUUUCAAUUCCGGGAACGCUCGACACCUGUUUGCUGAAUGUGACCGUGAGAGGUCGAAAUCUGGGCUACGCCAAUGCCCGCAUUCAAGUGUCGACGAAAAAUGAUGACGAAAUGGUGGUGAUGCGGAGUGAGGAGGAGUUGAUUGUGAGUGUGGUGAGGCAGCAGCGAGUUGUGGACACAGUGUUUAUGGCAUCAGUGGUGCUCUUGGUGUCCAUCUCGUAUGUCAACAUGGGAUGCACUUUGGACUGGGCAGUGGUGAAGGCGACCAUGAGGAGGCCAGUGGGGCCAGUGGUUGGCCUGUGCUGUCAGUACUUGUUCAUGCCUCUGGUGGGCUAUGGACUGUGUCUCUGGCUGAUGGAUGGAACAGCCCUGAAGCUCAGCCUGUUUGUUGUAGCCUGUUGUCCUGGAGGUGGUGCUUCGAAUUUCUGGACCAUUUUGCUCAGAGGAAAUCUCAACUUGAGCAUCACUAUGACCUUCGUUUCUAGUUUGGCUGCUUUUGCGACGAUGCCAGCCUGGAUCUUCACCUUGGGAAGAACCCUGUUUGACGAGCAAGUGAUCAUUCCUUACCAAACAAUCGCAAUUUUGAUAGUGGGUCUCGUGAUUCCCUGCGGGAUCGGAUUGGCAUUGCAAAGAUUCGCACCCAAGGUUGCCAAAGUGCUCAGCUCGAAGCUGCUUCGACCCGUGGCCGUGAUCUUCGUCAUUUACAUUCUCACUGUCGGAACCUACACUAAUUUGUACAUCAUGAGACUCAUCACUUGGAAGUUGGUGACGGCGUCGAUGGUCUUGACAUGGUCCGGAUUCGCAUUCGGAGCAAUAAUUGCGAAAUUCUUUCAAUUCCCGCUGGAGGAUAUCGUUGCGAUUUCCAUUGAGACUGGUGUGCAAAAUUCGGGCAUUGCGAUUGUGAUGCUCAAAAUGGCGUUUGAACAACCUGGGGCAGACAUGACGCUUAGAAAACAGGGCCCUCCUCCCAAGUCAAAACUGUUUUACCAUCAACAGAAACGGCCACUUUACGUGUAA